AUGAUUUUGUCGAAACGAUGGCGGACUAUCUGGACAGAGGUGCCAAGACUCGAGUACGAAGACAUUGUGAGCAAUACUAAUAGUGAACAGAAGAGCGUUUGGUGGUUUCUUGAGAAGUCGUUGCAACUUCAUAAGGCACCUAUACUAGAAAGCUUGUGUAUCCAACUUAAAGAAAUAUGCCCUACUAACGUUGAUGUAGCAAAAUUGGUUGGACAAGCAGUUGAUCGUUCAUUGCGCAGGUUACUAUUUCAUCUUAGUUGGUUGGCGAAACCUACCAGCAUGCCCAACAUCCUUUACACUUGUGAAACGCUCACUGAACUGGAACUCUUUAAUAAGAUUAUCUUGGAUAUCCCUCCUUCAGUUUGCCUCCCAUCCCUUGCAAAGCUAUACCUCUUUUGUGUGUUGUAUAAAGAUGAUGUUUCUCUGGUCAGGCUUCUAUCAAAUUGUCCUGUUCUCAGAAUAUUGCUCGUGAUACGAUCCGAAGAAGAUGGCAAUGUGAAAAAGUAUACUGUGAAAGUGCCUUCUUUAGAGGAAUUCACCUACCUCUAUAAAAGGCCAUUAUCACUAGCGGAAAAUACUAGGUCCUUGGUCUUAGAUUGUCCGGUAUUAACGAAACUCUCUAUUAACGAUCAUUCAGGAGACUCUUGCUCUAUCGGGAAUAUGCCAAGCAUUGUUAGAGCAGAACUGUCUACUUUUUGCUACCCUGACAAAAAAUUCUGA